AUGGCAUCCGGCUCGUUUGCAACUAUUGUUACAAUGCAACAGAACGGCGUGGAUCCUUCCCGUUUAGCUCAACGCUCUCUCGCUGCUGCCGAAGAAUUGCUCAAGAAGGCAAUUCAACGUGAAGAAAUAACACGGACAAGAGAAGCUAGUCCAGAACGAUAUACAUUAUAUUCUAGAGAUCUAUCACCUGCACCUAAUCAGAGUGUCGAACUGCCACUUCCAGUCUCAGAUCUAGAUAAGAACGACUUGAAAACUCCCCAACAUCAAGUACUUCAAACUGUUCGUCCCGUCGACAAAAGGGCUACAGCCGCAAGAGAACUUCCACGACGCAAUGAGCGAGUUAACGAUCUGGUGCAAUGGACGAAUGUUUCGGCCAAAGAGAUUGAAGAACAAAUCGUCUCCUUGGAAGCCCUUCACAAUCGCAUGCACUCCCUCAACCGUAGUUUUGUAAGGCAGCAACGAGGGCUGAUGGAAGAACAGGGCGAUGCUGCACAAGAACAGACCUUGAAACAGAUGAAACACUUGCAGGCCUUGCAUGAUCAGCAGACUGACUGGCAGGCAAGAGUCAACCAGAUUAAGAAGAUGCAAACCAUGUAUACAGCCCCACAAUCUGUUACUGCCCAGCUCCGAGAAGUUACAAACAUGGAGGUUCCUACCCAGGUCCAGACUGCACCUGUUACAUCUCAUUUGCCGACGACACGUGAUGACGCACCAUCAGACGCUGUCACAGUGGAGCUAUCGAAGAAACUUCAGCGUGUAGAGCACGAGUUUCAUCAUGCGAUGACCAUUCUCACUGCUUUGAAAGAAGGUCUAGCUUCAAAGGAUGCCAAGACUGAAGCUCUGGCGAUGCAAGCUAAUGCUCGAGAGGCUACAUCUACAGUUCUUUCGUCUAUGCAAGACGCUCUAAAAGAACUGGGUGACCUGUCGCAACGCAUGAAUUGGUCACCUGUCGACAUCCUACUUCCAUCAAACACCAGCAACAGCAAACCUGGCAAGGAGAACAAGAAGCAUGCAGACACCGCAACAUCACCAACAAACCUUCGUGUGCUUCGAGUUGAUCGUGUAAAGAUGUUGGGAGGUGAUUUUGAUUACGAUGCAGCUCAGAAAGUGUUGGUGGAGUUGAGAAAGCUGAGGAGGGACAUGAUGCUACCCAUGUACAAUCGUCUUGAUAUCGCAAUACCGGUCGAAGAGGUGAUCAAGCAACCGACAAUGGAUACUUUGGAUGAUGUCUUGAAUGCUGAUCGAGUGAGAGCGGAAGUGAGACGUACAAUCGGUGAAAUGGAGAACGCCAAGGAGACAUGGAUUCCCACUGUGCAGCCUCGACUUCAUGAAUCCGAAAUCUACCAUCAGGCACCUCGUAUGCAAAGUCCUCAGCCGGGACUACGGCCAAAGCCUGUCCAAACUGUACAAGUAACGAAAUCAGUGGAACCUCCACCUAAACAGCAACAACCCUCCCGCAAAAAGCAAAAGCAAUCCUCACCUCCAAAACGACGAGCCAUGGAGAUAGAGAUCCAGAGAGUGCAAAUGCAAACUCAGACAUCACCUUCUCGUAACGGCUCUCCGACUCGUAACGCCUACCCUCCACAUCGACCAGAAUCACCUGGGAUUGGAUUUGCUGCUCCAUUCGAACGAGCACCCUCUCCGUUGCGACCACCCAACUUUUACAAUGUUCGAUUGUCGAACAUGCCCAUCUUUCUACGAAGGACGUCUGUUCGGCCUCCUACUUUGGGCUUUCUGGAUAAUUUGCCACCACCUCGUAGUCCUACAAAACGGACACCAUCACCCACAAAACGAGCUGCACCAGCUCCGCGGCCAGUCUCACCCCCUCCACUUCCCAUCAAGAAGGCGUCGAAAACUACUUCCACUAACAUGGUUGCAGAGAAACCAACUGUGAAAGUAUUCGACGAGGCCGUUCAGACUUCCGCUCCAACCACUAUGGUCACUCAUUCGACACAAGUCACGGAUGAUACUUCAAGUCACGUUGAAGUACCUCCUCCGUUGUUGAAAGCAUAUCAGAAUACCGGUGUCCAAUCUGACCCACCACUUCAUAAUGUUGGUGUCCAAUAUGAUUCUCCGCCAGUGUCGGAAGCUGUGCAGACGAUGUCUGAGAAGCCGUCUCCAAGGCUGCCUGAACGAGUUCAGUCAGAAGUCUUACUCAGAAUCCUGCAGAAGGCAAAGAGUAUUGAAAUUGAACCACCACCACAAAUCCCAGAGUCAGCCUUUACAUUGGUCCUUGACUCAAUUAUUAAUGAAGUGGUCGAUGAAGCAGUUGUGAGUGUAGCUCGACAAUGUCUUCAAGAGGCUCGAGACCGUGAAGAUGAACGAGCUAGACUUGAAGCAGCAGAAAGAUACCGACGUGAAUUACUUGAGACUGAAGAAUUACUACGACAUUUACGUGAAGCUGCAGAAGAUGAAGCACGAGAGCGCAAAGUGGAGGUCGAAACGCAAGUCCCACCACAAACACCUCCAAUACAGCUAGAAGCAGCACCAGACGCAUCCGAAUCAUCCGGUCCCGGUCUCAGCACCCUGUCCACAGUCAUGUCAGAGGGUGAAGUACUCACCAACCUGUACAGCGAAGGAGAAAUCGUUGAUCGAUUCCCUGUGGGUGCAUACGAUGGCAUGUUUGCUGCUGCUAGAGGUAGAGAUAAUGAUGCUACAUCUGCGGAUAUCUUGACUCAAGCUAGUGAAGUUGCUAGUUAUGCUGGUGUACAUAUGGCGAAGAGUACAGGUGCACUGUCGGCUUCUGAUGGUGAAUUGCUGACGCAGGAUGCACGGUAUGAGGAUGGAGAGUUUGAUUUGUCGUCGGAGAAGGGGAUUGUGAAGCCUGAGGUGAAACGUGUUGUGAAGAAGAGUGAAAGCCGAACGUCAGCUCCACCUCCAGUAAUGGCAUCAUCUAGUAAAGCUGGUGGACAGCGAGUCGUAAAACCAAGAACUUCUACACCUCCGUCAUCAAAGAACUCGCAAUGGUCAGAAACAGUAAUUCCCUUCCGACCAGAAUCUGUACCGACCAGAGUUCCAAUUAGCUCCACCACCUCACGAAGCAAUUCACCACGUAUGUCAAGACCUGAACCUGCUCGUGAAGAACCUCAUGGUUCACCAUUCCAUAAAUCAACACCAGCAAAAUCCGUGACUCCCUCUCAAAUAUCUCAGAAACCAUUAUUAUCACGUAAUAGCACAGCAUCAACAUCAUUACAUAAAACGCCGUCCCGCCAAAGCUCACUCACAGAAUCAUCACGCCACUCUGACGAAUCAUCCCGUCGUGGUUCUUCUGGCAAGGACUGGUCUGGUGAAGAUGAAGGAAAUAGUAAAUCGUCACCUGAAAUGAGCAUGGAUCGCUCACUGCUACAAGCCAGUGAUAUAGCCAAGAUUGCUGAAAAGGCAUCUAAGCUUGAGAUGCCGUCUUGGUCGAGUCUCUCUGGGUCUGACAAACAGCAGGAGGAUAGUGGUGGGAAGAGCUCGAGUCAUCAAAGUAUUUUAGAUGAGGCCGCUGAAGAUGGUGGUGAGAAGGAUCCGAGUCAUUACAGUCUUCUUGAAGAGGCGGUUGAGGAUGGUGGCAAGAACUCAAGUCGGUAUAGUACUCUUGAGGAGGCCAUUGUUAACGGUGGAAAGAACUCCUCUCACUAUAGUGAUCUUGAGGAAGCUGUUGAUAACGGUGGGAAGACCUCAAGUCAUCAAAGCAUUCGUGAGGAGGCUGCUGUAUUGUCAAAGCAGCAUAGCCAGCUUACCAUAUCCUCAGAUAAACGCUCAAGCUUGGAAGAGAGCAUUGCCAAGAGUGUAUCUGAAGGACUGGAUGUACUCUCAGACCAUAUUGCAUCAGCUCGUGAAUCUGACUCUCUGCUGGAACCGUCACAUGAUGAAUUGAGCGCAACAAUCGACAAGGUCUCGCGGAUUGACAAUCUAGAAUCCAGCGCUAAAUAUUACGAUGUUGAUGAGGAUGAGUACAGUAGCGAUUUCGAAUAA